UCCUGAAGAGAGGGCAUGGUGUGCUCCUAGCCACUUGUCAAAAUGCCCGGCAAGAAAGACGCCAAGAAGGAUGCAAAGAAGGGUAAAGCCUGAACCAGAAAAAAGAAAGAGGAGGAAAAAGGAAAGGAUGACAAAAAGGGAGGAAAAGACAAGAAACCCAGCAAGGAUGAUAAGAAAAGUGGAAAGGAUGAUAAGAAAGGGGGGAAGGAUGAUAAGAAAGGGGGGAAGAAAGGAAAGGAGGAGCCACCCAAGGGGAAAGAUGAUGGAAAGAAAGGAAAAGAUAAAGGGAAAGGUAAGAAAGUGGAGUCCGAAGAGGAAGAGGAGCUCCUGAGUGAUGAGGAAGAGGAUGAAGAGUUAAGUGAAGAAGAGGAGGAAGACUCAGAGGAUGACAGGAGAGGGAAGGGGCGAGGAGGCAGGGGGGCUAGGGGAAAAGGGGGGAAGUCUAGACAUGCGGAAUACUCAGAAGAAGAUGACGAGGAGGAUGAAGAUGAAGAGGAGGAAGAUGAUGAUGAAGAGGACUAUGGGAAAUCCAAAAAGAAAUCUAAAGAUGGCCAUAAAGGAGGGAAAUCGGAUGCUGAUACAAAGAAGAAAAAAGGUAAAAAGAAAGAGGAAGCUCCACAGCUUCCAAUAAAGGAAAUCCCAAAGAAAGGUCUGAAGAACAUGUCCAGAAUGUUCAUGAAAUUUUCUGGAUUCAAGAGACGCAGGAACAGCAGGAAGAAGCUAAAAAGUACAUCACGUUUGUUCCUGGGGUUAGGGAGGAGAAAGACCCGCCUUGCUAAAAAGAAACGCCGCAAGUCCAUGCUGAAGAACACCUCUCGAUUCAUGAUGAGGUUUAAGGCCAGCAAAAAGAGGAAAAAGGAGAAAGAGGCCAAAGAGAAGGAGGCAGCAAAUGGUGGGAAAAAGCCAACCUAUAUGUUGCUUCGUCUGGGAGGAGGGAAAGAAUCAAAUGAAAAGAAGGGGGGCUUCUUCAAAGGCUUAUUUGGAAAAAAGAAUGGUGCCGGGGCUGCUGACGACUUCAAAGUCAGAAGUGUGUUGCUGGGAAAGGUUGCAGCAGCAACUAACUGGCUGACCAAACGCUUCCUGUCCACAAAAAUGCGAGGGCGUAGAGCACAUAGGCAACAAGCCAGCUCCAGAGGUUAUCUCCAUGGUUACCAUAAUGAUGGUUAUGAGCAGGAGGAGGAGGCUUAUGGAUACAACCAGCAACAUUCAGUCCACCAGAAAGGUUAUGGAGGCUAUAAUGAUGGUUAUGGUGGUUAUGGAGACGAGGCAACUGCAGCAUAUGGAAGCCAGGGUCAGUUCGGCUACUAUGACAAUGGAGCAGGGGGAACAGAGUAUCAAGACUUGGGUUACUAUGAGGAAGAAGUACUCUAUGAUCCAAAUUCAGAAUAUUAUGAAGGUGGUCUUCAUGAUGAAGGCCUGGUGGACUACAGUAACCCAUAUUCCUCUGCCCCAGGCUAUUAUAACAACCAGGAAGUUGAUUACUAUGGUUACCAGCAACAACAGGCAAUGGCAAUGUACGGUGACGAGGGUCUAGACUACUAUGUUAUGGGUGAGGACCAAAUGUAUCAGGGAGAUGGAUUCUUUGACCCUCAGGCUCAUGGUUAUUAUGAUGAAAAUGGUCAAGGAAUUCACUACAGUGAUGGACAAGGGGGUUAUUAUGACAACCAACAGGCAGGAUAUUAUGAGAACCCUUAUGCAGCAACUAUGGGAAUGCAGGGGGGAUUUUCACCAGACCAUCAACUUAAUUAUAGUGAUGCUGGCAUGCCCUACCAAGACUACAGCUCUCAGCAGGCAAUUGGAUUCCCACCAGGAGGCCAGGAGGUCUUUGGCUUUGGAGGGCAAGGGAUGGGUCAGGUACAGGAUCUGUAUGGGGGCCAAUAUGCUGACCAGUUGGACCAAUAUGAAGAUGAUACUGGUGGAAUUCAGGGAGGGGAGAUGACAUUUCGAGUUCCUAGACCUCAAGUGCGUCUAUUUGGGAAAGAGCGCCUAGAUGUGCCCCUGCCCCCUCCACCUACUUUGCCACCUGAUCCAGAAUUUGAAGAUAUGUCAGAAAUACAGUAUGAAGACCAGAUUCCUCUUGCACCAGGUCAACUUGGUGACAUGAUGUCAUUACAGCAGCAAAUGGGAAUGUCACCACAACAAAUGAUGAUGUCACCACAACAACAAAUAAUGAUGUCUCCUCUAGAACAAAUGAUGUUUUCUCAACAACAAAAUAUGUUGCCCCCUCAAGAACAAUUGAUGAUGCCCCCACAGACAAUGUCACCACUGCAAAAGAUGUCACCACAACAACAAAUGAUGAUGUCUCCUCAAGAUCAAAUGAUGUUUUCUCAACAACAAACUAUGUUGCCCCCUCAAGAACAAAUGAUGAUGCUCCCACAGAUGUCACCACAGCAACAGAUGAUGUCACCACAGCAGCAAAUGAUGUUACAACAAGAACGUAUGUCUGCCCAAAUGAUGCCAUCACAGAUUCUGUCACCACAGCAGCAGAUGAUGCCCCAGCAAAUGAUGUCACCACAGCAGCAGAUGAUGCCCCAGCAAAUGAUGUCACCACAGCAGCAGAUGAUGUUGGCGCAGCAACAGAUGAUCCCAGAAAUUAUUUCACCACAGCAGCAAAUGAUGACAGACCCGAUGAUGAUGUCACACCAACAGGGUUAUGGCCCAGUGUCGAUCCCCACUCCAACUGCCAUGAUUAUAAAGCAAGCAAGUAUGUCCCCGCUUCCUGCGCGUCGCAUACAAGCCUCCCCAACUCCAUCCCGCCGCUCUGUCAUCAUGUCACCCCAACAGAUGCAGCACCAUCCCUCUGCCAUGGCUUCCCCAGUACCAUCUCCUAUGCUUGCACAGAGACGCAGCCCCUCACCACAACCAUCUAUGAGGAGUGGGUUCAUUAAUGCCCAAAGACCCCCAUCUGUCAUGUUGAGACGAAUCUCCCCUCCUUCAUCCCCCGUGGCCUCGCCCAUCGCCCGUCGUAGAAUGCAACCUCAGAGGUCACCAUCUCCCCUGGCUCGAGGGCCCUCACCCCCCCACUCUCCCCGUACCUCCAUGAUCCGCCAAAGUCCUCCACCCUCACCAAGAGCGUCAAUGAGACAACGUUCGCCACCUUCCUCACCCCGUGCUUCCAUGAGGAGGCGAAGUCCCCCACCUUCUCCCACUCCAGCACGCAGCCCGUUUGGAGGGAGGAAGAUGCGUGGGCCACCUUCCCCUCCCCUAUCUCCUGGUCAUGCAUCCCCCCGUCUCUCUCCACAGCUCAGUAGAAGACCAUCUCCCUCUCCCUCCCAGUCUUAUCGCAGUUUAUCCCCUGCAGGGCACAGGCCCUCACCAUCAUCUCCUACCCUCUCUCGUCGCUCAACUCGGCUACUCAGGGACCCCACACCAUUGGCCCGGCCUAGGAUGGGGGGAAAUGUUCCCUUAGGUACUGUCAGACCUUCUCCUAUGGGUCUCCGAGGGCGCCCAGUUCCCCCACCCACCCAAAAUGUGCGUCCCUUCCGUGCCUCCUCCAUUCGAAGCAAUAGGUCUUCUGUUCUCACAGUGGACUCUCUCAACUUCCCUUUUCACUCCCCCCACAUGGUCCACCGGGCUCCUCUGCGGAGGAGAGAAUCUGGCCGAUUUGCUCCUCGCCCUGUGGCUCGUGGACGCCCCCUCAUGGCACAGCAGUCUAUAAGAAGGAUGCCUCCUGCCUCUCCACAGCCCUCCUUGAAACACAUGCCAUAUUCUGCAUCACCACGCCUUUCUCCUCGACUUUCUCGUCAGUCCUCCCCUCUCCUGCUCCCUCGAGCUGCCCAUCCACCCACAUAUGCACCAGAAACGUAUGUGUCUGGCCCCUAUGCUGAUCCUUAUACUGAGCAGUUGCAUCAGUUUCAGCCUAUGGCCCAUUCAUCUCCCAUGCUGUCUGGGGCGCUGCAGAAUCAAGCCUUACGAGAUGCAUCUUAUUCUUCGCCUUUACAAAGGGAAAUGUCCCCUCAUGAGCAGCCUAUGCACCCUUCUUCACCAAUGCUGUCUGGAGCUUUGCAAAACCAGGCAGUGAGAGAUGCCACCUAUGUGUCUCCUCUUCAAAGACCUCAGUCCCCAUAUGCCCAAUCUGUACCUUCAUCUCCAAUGCUUUCUGGAGCCAUGAGACAUGGUCAGGCACUAAGAGGUGUGGCUUCUUAUCAGACUCCACAGCUCCAUUCACCAUACGGGCCGACUAUUGUUACUCCAUAUGAUUAUAUCUCUGAGCCUGGCCCAGCACCACUGCUUCAUGAUGCACUGCAGAACCGGUCUGGUCUGCAGAAUGUCUCAUCUUUAAGAUCCCCCAUGAUGCAACACCGUAACCCUUAUGCACCAGCUGGGCCACAGCUCCACAGUGCUCUUACACAGAACCCAAACCUCCGUCAAGCAUCUUAUCAGACACCUGUGCAACUCAGGCGAUCCCCAUAUGGACCCCCACCACCCUCUUCACCAAUUUUGGGAAGUGCCCUACAAAAUCCACAGCUGAUGCAGGCAUCGUACCGGCUGCCAGAUGGAUCUUUGGUGUCACCAUAUGCAGAUUCACGUUCCUCCCCAUUGCUCGGCCAUGCCAUGCAAAACCAACAAGUUCGUGGUGCCUCAUACACCUUGCCUGAUGGAUCAAUUAUCAGGGACCCACGUGUGCCCCAGAGGCCCACGUCUCCUAACCUUUCCAGGGCUCUUCAGAACCAGGGUCUCAGAACUGCUUCAUAUACUCUCCCUGAUGGCACCAUUAUAGACCCCAGACAGCAACAACCCAUUUCUCCAAACCUGGCCAAGGCACUAAAUAACCCAGCGCUGCGUGAAGCCUCCUAUUCUCUUCCUGAUGGUACCAUCAUGAUUGACCCUAACAAAAAGAAGUCCCCGAACCUUACAGCAGCACUUCAGAACCCCUACCUGAAAAGUGCAUCUUACACCCCCGAUGGUACUAUCAUCAUUGAUCCACGGAAACCCAUCUCUCCAAACCUUUCCAAUGCUCUUCAAAACUCUGCUCUGCGGAAUGCCUCCUUCACACUACCAGAAGGGGUUCAUGACCCCAAUACACCCAUUUCACCAAACCUGGCUAAGGCCCUCAGUAACCCAGCCUUGAAAGGAGCUUCAUACACCCUCCCCGAUGGAACUAUUAUCGUGGACCCAAGGAAACCAAAGACCCCCAACCUGACAGCCGCCCUGCAGAAUCCCUAUCUAAAGGGUGUGUCCUACACUCUGCCUGAUGGAACCAUCAUCAUUGACCCACGGAAACCAGUUGCCCCUAACCUGUCUAAAGCUCUUACGAACGAGAACCUUCGUAAUGCAUCAUACCAGCUCCCUGAUGGUUCCUUGGUUAUCCCUGGUCAGAAGCCCUCCACUCCCAACCUUGCAGCUGCUCUGAGGCAAAACCAGGCAAUCCGGUCUACAGGUCUCUAUCAUCUGCCAGAGAACUAUGUGCUGUCAGGCGUACCCAAACCGACAACUCCCAACAUCAACUCUGCACUACGGAAAGAGGAACUCCAGGGUGUCCAUUUCAGGCUGCCGGAUGGCUCUCUUCUCACACGUCGGUUCCACAACCCAAGCCUGUCGAAUGCCAUCCAAAAUCAGCAGCUUCGCUAUGCUUCAUACAGCGUGCCAACAGGCCUGCAGGGUGAGGAUAAUCACUAUGCUGUGGUUCCUCCCUAUGGGCCACGCUCAGGACACUGGGCCAGGAAUGCCCAAGGAGGAGGGGAAGGAGGAGAAGAUGUUUGGGCAGCUGAAAGGGUUUUACCACAUGGGACGGUCCAGAAUCUGUCAAAGUGGUCCAUGUACAGAGAAGAUGGGGUGUUAGAAGGAUUUUCACCCACACCUCGGGUUGUGGAUGGACAGCCUCAGGACACAGACUGGACUCCUGACAGAGAUAGAGUACCUGGUCAAAGCUGGUAUGACAAGAUCUACUCUAUUUUGAGCAUGCCCACAACAGGCCACAGGCCGAAACGCUGGGCAGAGGGAAUGGAGGACAUGACACAGCUGCCUGAGCUGAAUGAGACCACAGUUCUGAUGAACCUGAAGAAGCGCUACGACCAGGAACUUGUAUAUACCUACAUAGGCAGCAUCCUCGUGUCUGUGAAUCCCUACAAGUUGCUCAACAUUUAUGGCACAGACAUGGUGCUUCAGUAUGCAGGCCGCGGCCUGAGUGACAACCCUCCUCAUCUUUUUGCCAUUGCUAAUCUCUCAUAUACCACCAUGAUGGAUGCCAAAAAGGAUCAGUGUAUUGUGAUCAGUGGAGAAAGUGGGUCAGGAAAGACUGAAGCUACUAAACUGAUUCUGCGUUACCUGACAGCCAUACAUCACAAGUGCAACGUCACACAACAGAUAGAGAUACUAGAGGCCACACCCCUGUUGGAGUCUUUUGGGAAUGCCAAAACAGUGCGCAAUGACAACUCUUCACGCUUUGGCAAAUACACGCAGAUCUACAUGGAGGAGGGUGUUAUCAGCGGUGCCAUAACGUCCCAGUACCUGUUGGAGAAGUCCCGCAUUGUCUUUCAGGCCAAAUCGGAGAGGAACUAUCACAUCUUCUAUGAGAUGUUGGCGGGUCUUCCUCCUCAUGAGAAGCGCUCACUCUAUCUGCAGGAAGCUGAGACUUACUACUAUCUGAAUCAGGGAGGUGAUUGUACCAUAGAGGGGAAGGAUGAUGGGGAGGACUUCAGGCGUCUUCUGAGUGCCAUGGACAUCUUGUGUUUCACCCCAGAGGAGCAAAACGGCAUCUACAGAUUGCUGUCCUCUGUCCUUCAUCUGGGGAAUGUCUACUUCCAGCCACUCCAGGCUGAGGGUCAGGAGGUUGCAUCGAUGGUGAGCGCACAGGAGAUCAGGGUGGUAGCUGAGCUGUUGCAGGUCUCACCUGACGGCCUGCAGAAGUCUGUCACCUUCAAAAUGACAGAUACAGUAAGGGAGAAGAUCUUAACUCCACUCACAGUGGAGAGUGCUGUGGAUGCCAGAGAUGCCGUUGCCAAGAUCCUGUACUCGCUGCUGUUUAGUUGGCUGACGGAGCGCAUCAACGGACGGGUCUACCCUCGCAACGAAGCCCUCUCCAUCUCCAUAUUGGACAUAUAUGGAUUUGAGGAGCUACAGGUGAAUAGUUUUGAGCAACUUUGCAUCAACUACGCCAACGAAACUUUGCAGUUCUUCUUUAACAGAGUCAUCUUCCAAGAGGAGCAGGAGGAAUACAUGCGCGAGCAGAUCGAAUGGCAGCAGCAGCCCUUCAGCCACAACCAGGCCUGUCUUGACCUCAUCGCUGCUAAGCCUCAUGGGAUACUGCGCAUACUGGACGACCAAUGUGGUUUCCCUCAGGCAACAGACCACACGUUCCUUCAGAAGUGCCACUAUCACCAUGGAAACAACCCGCUAUAUGCCAGGCCAAAGAUGCCACUGCCAGAGUUCACCGUGAAACACUAUGCUGGGAAGGUCACAUAUCAGGUGCACAAAUUCUUGGAUAAAAACUUUGACAUGGUCCGCCAGGAUGUUUUAGACCUCUUCAGCCAGAGCAAGAAUAGAAUGGUAUCCAGCAUCUUCUUAAAGCACUCAGAGUCUGUGUCUCUGCAGCGUUCUAACGUGCGGCGCAGCAGCGCGGCUCGUCGUUAUCAGGCUAACACCGUCAGCGCAAAGUUCCAGAGCAGCUUGCAAGAGUUGCUGGAGAAGAUGGAAAGGUGUAACCCUUAUUUUGUGCGAUGCAUGAAGCCAAACCAUCGUAAGGAGCCUGGAGUGUUUGACAUGGAGCUGAUCAGCACUCAACUACAUUACUCUGGUAUCAUGGAGACCAUCCAUAUCAGGAAGGAGGGAUAUCCGAUCAGAAUGCACUUUCGCAGCUUCCUAUCAAGGUAUAAAGCCCUUCUCUGCCUGAGGGAUCUUCCACCUGCAGAUGGAGAAAACUGUGUCACCAUGCUCCACAAGCUCGGUCCGGUCAAGAACGGAUCGUAUCAGCUGGGAGUCAGUAAGAUUUUCCUGAAAGAGGAGCUGUAUCAGUUGUUGGAGGGGAAGCGUGACCGCUUGCUGAACAUCGCUGCCAUGACGCUGCAGAGAUACACCCGCUUGUGUUUUGCCCGGAAGAAAUUUACCAAAUUACGGCAGUGUGUGACACUGUUUAAAGCUCGAUGCAGAGGAUACCUGUGCAGAAAAAAGUUUGCUCUGAGGAGGAAGUACCUCAUCAGGUUCCGCUCCGCCGUGCUGCUUAUCGUCAACCGCCAGCGUUACAUGAGGGUAUGCACACUGUGUUUUUGUCUUGUGAUACUGUUGUCUAUCUGUCAGACAGUGGUAGAGCCUGCAAGGAAGGCAGAGGAGGAUCGCAUCAAUAGAGAAGUGGUGAAUGUGACAACACUGCCUAUCCCUGCUGAGCUGGCAGCCCUGCUACAGGCAGCCUCAGGUGGUGAAGAGCUGCAUUCUGACUGCUUGGCGGUGGUCCAGGCCCCAAAGGUUCAGGUUGACCCCCAGCUGACCCUGCCCCUGGAUAUCAACAACUACCUCAUGACACACUACAUCCGGGCCAUAUUUAGGGAACCGUUGUUUGGGAUGCUGACAGCCCCGCUGGAGAGUUCUCUGACUCGAAUGGAUGAGGAGCUAAAACAAGGAGCCUUGAACGUUUUCAUUCUGAUACUGAGAUUUAUGGGUGAUCCUAACUUGAAUGGGGCUCAGGAGAAUCUGUUUGGGAACUACAUCAUCCAGAGAGGACUUGCCAAUCCCAGCCUCCGAGAUGAGAUCCUGGCUCAAGUAGCCAAUCAGGUGUGGAGGAAUCCUAACAUUUUGAAUUCAGAGCGUGGUUGGCUUCUCCUCUCCUCCUGUCUUUCUGCUUUCCUGCCGUCGCAAAGGCAGGCCAAGUACUUGCUGAAGUUUGUGUCUGACUAUGGGCCGGAGGGCUACGACUGUGUGUGUCAGCACCGUCUGCUUCAAGCUCUGCAGCGGAUGAAUGUAGGGCCAGAGUAUGUCCGAACAUACCCACCCUGUCUACUAGAGUGGACCGCCAAUCGCAAGAAAGCUCACACUGUUCUGCACAUACAUUGCUUCGAUGGUGUGUCCUUCCUGUGUCCUCUAAACUCCUGGACGACAGGAGAAGAAAUGGCCAAAGACAUCUUACAACAUAGGGGCGUGGUGGAGGGCCGUCGAGGCUGGUCGGUGCUGUUGAAGGAGCCGGCUCAGUGGGUGGAGCUGGAAGGCUCUGACUAUGUUCUGGAUCUGAUGUCAGACCUGGAGCUUUCUGCUGACUUCCCCAAACACAACAGCUACUUCAUUAUCUCUGCACAGGAACCAACCAGAGUGCGGGCCAAUGCCAGCAUAAGCCUGUUGGGUGGUGGGUUUAACAUGAAUGACGAUGUCAUAUCUUCAGCCAUAACUGGCUUUGAUGGUCCAGGUACACAUGACUUGGAGCCUCAGAAAGGGAUGGAUCGUUAUCUCGACAGCCUGUUUGACCCUGUCCUCUCUGACGGAGCUGGAGAGGUAGAAUCUGCUGCAGGACUGUACAGUAGGAUGAAGGGGGCUGGAGGAGUUGGAGGAGGGUGGCAACAGCAAGGGCAGUCAGCCGGCCCCCCACCUCCACCUGGAGCUGUGAGAGUCCUUCCUGUGGGAGGUGUGAUGUCGCCUCCUAUUGCUGCAGUGGCACCUGUAACACUUGAUGAACGGCAGGCUGUUUUGGCCCAGCAGCAGCAGGCUAUCGUGAACCAGCAGGCCAUCAUCAUGGCCCAGCAGAUGACCAUGCAGGCCAUGGCCAUGGUCGGCAGCCCAGUGACAAGCCCCCCCACCUCACCAAUCACAAGCCCUCCCAUGAGCCCUCUGCUCCACCACCCUCCCAGCCCGUACACCCCUGCCAGCCCCUAUGCUGUCAUACCCCCGAGUCCAUACGCUAACAUCCCACCCAGCCCCUACGCUAACUUCACUCCCACUACGUAUGCUGCAGCAAACAUCCCGCCUCAAGCUCAGCCUCCUGCUGAGCCCCAGACUCAGCCUCCGGCUCCCCACAACAACCCCAACCCUCAGCCGAGUGCCACCAAAACCAACAAACCAGAGCCACCACAGCUUAAAGCUAAUGCUGCUGCACAGGUACAGUCAGGUAAGGACAGCGUCCCUCGGAGGAAGGCUCCUGGCAUUCCCAUAAACAAGGACACACGAGUCAAGAAGUUUGCCCCAGUGGUGACAUCUCCUCCCCCCCCUGCUGAAGAGGUGGUGAAGUACUCAGCUCGGUCUUCGGAUGCGAUCGUCCCCAGCCAAGAUAUCCAAGAAAUUAUCAAAAGGUACAACUCCCCACCUCCACCGCCAGACCCACUGCCACCUGGCAAAAGGAGACCAGAGGGGAAGUUUAAGAAGAUGCAAACCCCUCGUGAUGAAGCUUUACAGAUCCUUAAACCCCAGAUGGACAACCCUCCUGCUCCACAGCCCAAACGUCCUGAUGCCCCCUCACCAUCUGCGUCUGCAAUGAAAGAGGCGGGAUUUAAACCCACCAGGAACACGAAGACGAGAGGACCUGAUCGCCGUCUCCCGAUACCUCCUCCAGUUUCUCGAGAGCUUCCUGUAGAGACAGAGACCAUCCAGACACAGCUGCAUCAGAGCACCAAUGAAGAGCACUACACCUACACCAAUGUUCCCUGGAGACUGUACCUCAGGAAGGAGGUUUUUUAUCCAAAAGACAGCUUCAACAAUCCUCUGGUGCUGGACCUCAUAUUCAAACAGAUAGUGAAUGACACUCUGUCAGAGGCGUGUGUUCGCAUCACCAAGGAUGAAAGGCAGAAAAUGAAAGCUCUUUUCGCUAAACACGGGGUUGAACAGAAUAUGGAUCCAGUGGAGGAACAUGUGAAGAAAACUAUCGUCACGGCAGCCAGGGAAACCUGGGAAAUAUACUUCUCCCGUCUGUUCCCUGCAUCGGGAAGUGUAGGAACAGGUGUGCAGGUGUUGUCAGUGUCCCACAGCGGCAUGAAGCUGUUAAAGACCGUAAAAAGCAACGCUGCAGCUCCAGACUACUUUAGAGUCCUUCGACCCUACACCUACGCAGACAUCCUGUUUGUAACCAUCCCCUCUGAGAACAUGCUGGAGUUCAAUCUGACUAAUGAGAAACUGAUCCUGUUCUCAGCCAAGGCACCACAAGUCAAACAUCUCAUAGACACCUUCAUCAGUGAGAUCAAAAAGGACUCAGACUAUGUGAUUGCAGAGCGAAACUUUGUGACAGACGACCGCUCGAUGCUCAGUUUUCACAAAGGUGACAUCAUCAGGCUGCAGGUUAUGGACGGGCUGGAGAAGGGUCACAGCUACGGCUGUGUGGUGAGGAAGAAGGUGGUGUUUUUGGAAGAUCUGAAAAGAGACACACAAGACUUUGGUUGGAAGUUUGGUGCCGUGUUCGGCCGCUCCGGUGCAUUCCCGGGCGAGUGCGUCCAUCCUAUUGCGCCUCCUGACUUCCUGUCGCUCCCACUGGACCGCAAGGCAGAGCCUCGAGGAGGAGCGGGACAGUUCGCCGUGUCAUCAGCUGUCGCCGUUGCCGUGGCAUCCACCAUGGCUGCACAUGAGAUAGAUCAAACAAUUGAGAAGGUUUGCCUUGAUGGCUUUUCUGAUGGAGAUCUGGAUGAGAGGAUGCUGCAGGACAGUAAAUAUGACAUGUUGGAGUUUGCCAAGAAGUACUUCAGACAGGGAACCAAUGGGAGGGGAGAUUCCCUGAAGAGCAAAAGCAAGAACAGAGACUCCAGAGAGCCCACUGAAAUGAUCAAGUUCUCCAAGACUCCUCUGACUGAGUCUCUGAUAGAGUUUACGGAUCCAGCCAUGAACAGAGUUGCAGCUGAUCUCUUCCUGUCGGUGAUGCGUUUCAUGGGUGACUCUCCGUCAAGGGGAUCGACAGAGCAGGAAGUGAUCAGCACUUUCCUCAAGCUCAUAGGAGAGUUCACAUUGAUGAGGGAUGAGGCUUACUGCCAACUCCUCAAACAGCUUACCGCUAACACCAGCUCCAAACCGGAUAGUUGCCAACGAGGCUGGAGGCUACUGUACAUUCUGACUGCUUUCCACCGCUGCUCUGAAGUCCUCAAGCCCUUCCUGCUGAAAUACCUGCAGCAAGCCUCUCGCAGUGCAGGAGCACAGUAUCAGGGCAUCGCUAAAGCAUGUGAGCAGAACCUGAAGAAGACGUUCCAGUAUGGUGGACGCAUUGUUCCACCUAACAGCAUGGAGCUGAAGGCUAUGAUGGCGGGACGUAGUUCAAAACGUCAGCUGUUUCUCUUUCCUGGAGGCAUUGAACGUCACGUGAAAAUCAAAACGUGCUCUGUUGCCCUGGAGGUGAUUGAGGAGCUGUGUUAUGAGAUGAGUUUGCACAGACUGGAGGCCAUGGAAGAAUAUGCCAUAUUUUUAGUCACCAAUAGAGGUCAAAAUGUGCGUCCUCUGAACAAGCACGAGUACAUCCUGGAUGUUGCGACAGAGGCAGAGUUGGUUGACACCAACUAUAGCUUCUGGUUCAGGCGAGUCAUCUGGACUCAGCCCCUCAAAUUCGAGAACGAGCUCUGUGUCGCCAUGCACUAUAACCAGAUCCUGCCAGACUACCGUAAAGGCCUGCUAAAUGUCCUUCCACAUGGAAAAGUGAGCGAGCAACAGUUCCACCAGAUCUCCAAACUGGCAGCUCUGCAGCACAGAGCCAAAGACAUCAUCUUCAUCCCCAGCAUACAUGAAUUAUCGGAGUACAUCGCCACACCUCUGUUCAAAAAGCAGCCACCCCAGCAGUGGGUUACCAUGGUGACCCAGCACAUGCAGCAAGUGCAGACCUUGAACCCACAUCAAGCCAGAGCACAGUUUUUGGGGCUUGUCAGUGCAUUCCCCAUGUUUGGCUCCUCGUUCUUCUACAUCCAGAGCAGCAGCUCCACCACCUUCUACGCCCCCUGUAUUGUCGCUGUCAGUCAACAUGGUCUCCACUUCCUGCACAAAAAUACACAUGAGCUGAUGGCAGUGGUCCCCCUGGUGGAGAUACAGUCCAGCCGCACCCAGAGGCCCAAUGCUGGAACGAGUUACCCAUAUGUAGACCUCACCCUGGGGGACACGAACACACAGCGGGUCAUUCAGCUGCAGCUGGAGCAGGGCCUGGAGUUGUGUCGAGUCAUCGCCAUGCAGGUGGAAAACAUGAUGUCUGUGCGGGAGAAGAGACUAACCCUGCCACCCAGUGAAAUCACCAUGUUAUAACACAUGCUCUUGUUUAAUUGUACGCACAAACUUGUAUGAUUACUCACAUACAUUAGAUGAAACUCUUAAAAAUACUCUACCUCUUCUUGUCUUAAGGUGUAUAUUGUGUGUGCCACACACACACACACACACACACACACACACACACACACACUGAUAUCAUAUGUGUAAGUUUGCCCUGAAGUUAGUCACACUUUUACUUUAUUAUUAUUCUGCAUUAACUAAACAAAAUGCAUCCUGAAGACAGUGAGAAUAUUGUGAGUCAAUAUAAGUUAAUUUUUCUUUCAGGUUGACACCUUUAUAAUUGUAGUUUUAAUUGAUUAAACACUAAAGAUGUUUUAUCUGUACAUAAGCUGUUAAUGAACACUGAGAAAGCGUCAUAGGCCUGUGCCUUGUCAUUACAAAGUUUUAUAACGGAUAUGUAACAUGUUUUUUUAUAUUUUUAUUGAUACUAUUACUGUAAGACUUGAUGCUAGUGUAAACAAUUGUUGUAUUCAACCAAUAUUAAUGCAUUAACUUUCUUGUUUUGUAAAGAGUAUUUUAUCAAAAUAAAAUAAACUACUACUUUAAAGAGA